CCCCGGCUCACCUGGUGCCUCGCAGGUCGGACCUCGCCCCGUGGGAGAUGUCCUCGCCCCCGUGAGCUGGAGCCGCUGCCCUUGUCGCCUGUCCACCGCCAGCCAGCAGGAUGCGCCUGUGGAAGGCAGUGGUGGUGACGCUGGCCUACGUGAGCCUGGACGUCGGGGUGACCACGGCCAUCUACGUCUUCAGCCACCUGGACCGCAGCCUGCUGGACGACAUCCGCCACUUCAAUGUCUUCGACUCGGUGCUGGACCUGUGGGCGGCCUGCCUCUACCGCAGCUGCCUGCUGCUGGGGGCCACGAUCGGCGUGGCCAAGAACAGCGCGCUGGGGCCGCGGCGGCUGCGGGCCUCGCGCGUGGCCAUCACCCUCGUGUGCCUCUUCGUGGGCAUCUAUGCUGUGGUGAAGCUGCUGCUCUUCUCGGAGGUGCGCAGGCCCAUCCGGGACCCGUGGUUCUGGGCCCUGUUCGUGUGGACGUACGUCUCCCUCGCCGCCUCCUUCCUGCUCUGGUGGCUGCUGUCCACGGUGCGGCCCUACGCCGAGGUCCUGGAGCCAGGCGCCGGCGCCGAGACGGAGGCCGACGGCUUCCCCGCCGAGCAGGCGUCCGGGGCCACCCUGCAGAAGCUGCUGUCCUACACCAAGCCCGACGUGGCCUUCCUCGUGGCCGCCUCCUUCUUCCUCAUCGUGGCUGCUCUGGGAGAGACCUUCCUGCCCUACUACACCGGCCGCGCCAUCGACAGCAUCGUCCUUCAGAAGAGCAUGGAGCAGUUCAGCACGGCCGUCACCAUCGUGUGUCUGCUGGCCAUCGGCAGCUCGUUUGCCGCAGGGGCCCGGGGCGGCAUCUUCACCCUCGUGUUCGCCAGACUCAACGUCCGGCUGCGGAGUUGCCUCUUCCGCUCGCUGGUGUCGCAGGAGACGAGCUUCUUCGAUGAGAACCGCACAGGCGACCUCAUCUCCCGCCUCACCUCGGACACCACCAUGGUCAGCGACCUGGUGUCCCAGAACAUCAACAUCUUCCUGCGGAACACGGUCAAGGUCACGGGCGUGGUGGUCUUCAUGUUCAGCCUGUCCUGGCAGCUGUCCCUGGUCACCUUCAUGGGCUUCCCCAUCAUCAUGAUGGUGUCCAGCGUCUACGGCAGGUACUACAAGAGGCUCUCCAAAGAGGUGCAGAGCGCCCUGGCCAGGGCCAGCAGCUCGGCCGAGGAGACCAUCAGCGCCCUGAAGACCGUGCGCAGUUUCGCCAACGAGGAGGAGGAGGCCGAGACGCACCUGCGGAAGCUGCAGCAGGUGUACAAGCUGAACAGGAAGGAGGCGGCGGCCUACAUGUACUACGUCUGGGGCAGCGGGCUCACGCUGCUGGUGGUCCAGGUCAGCAUCCUCUACUAUGGGGGCCACCUCGUCAUCUCGGGCCAGAUGACCAGCGGCAACCUCAUCGCCUUCAUCAUCUACGAGUUUGUCCUGGGGGACUGCAUGGAGUCCGUGGGCUCCGUCUACAGCGGCCUCAUGCAAGGAGUGGGCGCGGCCGAGAAGGUGUUCGAGUUCAUCGACCGAAAGCCGACCAUGGUGCAUGACGGGAGCCUGGCCCCCGACCACCUGGAGGGCCGCGUGGACUUUGAGAACGUGACCUUCACCUACCGGACUCGGCCGCACACGCAGGUCCUGCAGAACGUCUCCUUCAGCCUGUGUCCGGGCAAGGUGACGGCCCUCGUGGGGCCCUCAGGCAGUGGCAAGAGCUCCUGCGUGAACAUCCUGGAGAACUUCUACCCGCUGGAGGGUGGCCGCGUACUGCUGGACGGCAAGCCCCUGGGCGCCUACGACCACAAGUACCUGCACCGCGUGAUCUCCCUGGUAAGCCAGGAGCCCGUGCUGUUCGCCCGCUCCAUCACGGACAACAUCUCCUACGGGCUGCCCGCUGUGCCCUUCGAGAUGGUGGUGGAGGCUGCGCAGAAGGCCAACGCCCACGGCUUCAUCAUGGAGCUCCAGGACGGCUACAGCACAGAGACCGGGGAGAAGGGGGCCCAGCUGUCAGGCGGCCAGAAGCAGCGCGUGGCCCUGGCCCGGGCUCUGGUGCGGAACCCCCCUGUGCUCAUCCUGGAUGAAGCCACCAGCGCUCUGGAUGCGGAGAGCGAGUACCUGAUCCAGCAGGCCAUCCACGGCAACCUGCAGAAGCACACGGUGCUCAUCAUCGCACACCGGCUGAGCACGGUGGAGCGGGCACACCUCAUUGUGGUGCUGGACAAGGGCCGCGUGGUGCAGCAGGGCACCCACCAGCAGCUGCUGGCCCAGGGCGGCCUCUACGCCAAGCUGGUGCAGCGCCAGAUGCUGGGGCUCGAGCCCGCCUCGGACUACACCGCUGGCCACAAGGAGCCGCCGGGCAGCGCAUGUCCCAAGGCCUGACCCCGAUCGCUGGGCCCUGCUUCUCCUGGGGGGGGGACAGGCCCCGGCGCCCGCCGGGCAGACGUGCUCGUGGGGCCCCGAGCAGCCCCCGCUGCCCCCUGAGCCCAGGCCCCUGGCACCGGAGGGACCCUGCCGUGUCCCACGUAUCACUGCUUCCUGCAUCUCCCUGGAUCCCACCCUGCUCCCCGGAGCAGCACCAGCCCCGCGCUGCCAAGGAGCCCCCCCCGGCCCCCCUGGGCUCGAAGCAAAGGCAGAGCCCCCUUUUUACACCAAGGUCUUACCAGGGUUCUGACUGCUUGGUUGGACGCAGCCCAGUCAGCUCCUAGAUCUCAAAAGCAUUUUUCUUCUUGGGAGUAUCAGUGGGCAAGUUCACCAAGAUGUUCUAGAAACUUCUGAGCCGGGAGUGAGUGGCCCUUCCUACUAACCCCCCGGGGGCUGUCAGGAGAGACCGAGGCGCCAUCCUCUGCCCCUACAGGGAAGGGGCGCCCCGUCCCGAGGGGGCAGCAGAGGGGACCGGACUCUGCCUCUCCCUGAGUCAGGCCGAGGCGGGUGGUCUGCCCGAGGCCCCUGCCGCCCUGCCGGUCGGAGCCGGUCUCACUGUGAACCACUGUGACCCUCACGGAGGAGUGAGGGGCCGGCCAGGCCUGGCGUCCCUGCUUGUCCCGCCGUCCCUCGUGCCACACCUGCCGCCCUGCUGCUGGAGGCCACGUGGAUGUUUGUGCGCCACGAUGCUCCUCUGUGGGGUGACAGGGCAGUGGCAAAGCCCAGGCUCUGGCCUUGCCCGGGGUCGCGAGAUGUUGGGAGAACCCGGUCAAUAAAGUGUACUACC